CCGGUGACAGCAAAACUUCAAAACAGCUUUAUUCAAUACCUGAACCAAGAAGAAUACUUCGUUCCUCUUACUUUGGAAUAUUUUACACUUCGUCGAAAGUUAUUCAAAAUUUAGUGGACUCCCCAGCUAAAUCCUGAAGUUCUCAAUGUGCCGUGUUAUAUCAGCCUAUUUAUCAACCCCGGAGGGUUGGAACAAAUUGAGCUAGCGGUGAGAUCAAAGAGUUUUCACCUGUUGUACCUGGACACAGUUUACUAAACUAAGAGUUGCACUGGUACACUUUGGAGGCAUGACGGCCAUUGACAGUUACGCCGUGCAUGUUAUAUGUUUCCUCAUUCUAACUCCAUUGUCUUUGCAGAAGAGCAUAGGAUCGGCCAGAGCAAUCACGCGAUGGGAACUAGAAUUCGUCGGCUUGCAUUUUCACCAAUUCCCGGAAGGGUACCCAUGCGCUGCUGAUGGGACAGUCUCCGGCGGACUUCCGGUUUCAGUAGUCGUUGGCUAUAUAUUACCAAACAGUCAUGCGGGUAAAGUUGGCCUGACAGUGGAGAAACCGGAAGUCAGCUGUCCGGACGGCACUGUGAGCUUGGGAAGUAACGGCUCGUCCAAUCGAAUGACGAUAUCCGUGUUGAACGACAAGGCGUGUUCAGGGGAAGCUCUUCUGCAGCUGUACAUAAGCAUCCAUACAAGAGAUGACUCCAAACCGGUGGCGUAUUUCCAUAAGGUGGUUUACUCUGGACAAGCAGGCCCUGCCUGGGCCUGGGCACUCCUCCCAGACACCAAGGACAUCAUGCUGCUGGCCUUGAAGUGGCGGGUUUCGUGUGGCGAACAAGACGCGCCGAAUCCAGGCUUCCUGGAGAACUCCAUUCGGCUCAAACGGCAGGCCACAAAUGAAGACCCCACUGAAAACACCCUACCUGAAUCAGGAAGUGAAACGAAACAUUCCAGUUACCCGACCUCCAAGGCUCCCAAUCCGGGUUUGCCGGAGAAUUCACUAUCGCCUCAGACGAGUGUUACCGAGCAGGGCGAGGGGCUGACGACGCUUCAAGAGGACACGGAGACGUUUUCCUCUGGGGAACCCCCGGACAGUUUUGUCACGGGAAUAAGCGAGAUCUUCGGCCUCACAAAAAAGCCGAUAUCUACCCUUGGUUCAAAACCCACCCACCCAUCCACAGCCAGUCGUCAAUUCACCACCCUGCUCCAGACGCUGUUUGGCCCGACGGCUGACGUCACCACGUUGAUUGACAGGUCCUCUUCUUUCUCCACAAACCCGGUCUCUUUGGAUGACACAUACACCUCCUUGUCCUCUGCUCACAGAUCAUCCCCCAGCCCCACCAAACCAGUCCCUGGAUCAGACCCAGGUUUCACCGAACGCAAAACCACAUCCACAUCUGAGAUAAACGCACCUGCGUCGGAAGAUGGAAACAACCCAACCCCAGAUUUGACGGGUUCGAAAACAGAUCUCAACAGCACGGCUAAGCCUGACACAGAAAUUCCAGAGAACAGUACAAAGGCAGUCUUUAACGUUUCAGAAACAACGCUCGUUGAUAAGCAAACUGAAGACGUGGACAGCCCGUCUUUUGCAUACAGCAGUACUGACAGCGUAAGCGCUACAAAUCCAGGAUCACAAGAUGGUGUCAGCGCAACCCAGCGUGCCACAGAAAUGGACGAAACUGAGCUGACUAAAACCAGCCAAAUUACAACAAGGUCAUUAACUACAACAACGGCAAAAACUACCCCUGGUGAUUCUGGGUCAAUGACCACAAUGUAUAAGCCAGAGCAGGAAUCUACAUCGGACACAGACAAUGGUCGGAAAAAAGCUUCAUCCUCAACCUCAGCUAGACCAACGACAACAACUAAACCAUCAACCCCUACAACAACAACAGCCGAACCUACAACAACAACAAAGACAACCACAAACACAACAACAAAGACAACAACAUCAAUAACAACGAGCACAUCCACCACAACCACCACAACAAAACCAGAUAGAAUUUAUCCAGAAACUUCUAACGAGGCGUACAUGGGCAAAACCGGUGAGGGUUCGUCUGCUGGAAGAGUGGACGAACAGAGUAAAGCUCGGGAGGAAUCUGAGAGGACGAACGAGGCGACGUUAUGGCCAGUCGUGAUGGGCUUGGUCAUUGGCAUCCCCACCAUAAUCGUGAUCGCCAUCGCUGUCACCGUGGUCCAGAAGAAACACAUUGGCGUACCCCACCGACACCUUUCCUCCCCCGGAUACUUUGAGAGACGCCCUCCACCAGUCCCCUUCGUGAAGCGGAACAGCAGCGAUUUAGAGAAAGCUCCCACCGACACAGAAGUGUAAAACGUUUGACGUGUGUAAGAACUACUUUUUGUGAUAACGUGAUGAGCUUCCGACACUACCGACUGAAUUAAAAACAACAGUUGAUAUAGGUCGAACGAUUGUAUUGUAAUCAUGUUGGAGAACAUUUUGUGGAUACCGUCAGAUUGAGGUUUGGUCAAACCCAGCGGAUGUCCAUCCAAGAAUGACAAGAUUCAUACAAUUGGCUGCACCUGUUAAGGUUCAUGGUUUUUUCAGUGUGGAUGGAAGAGCAUGGACAAAAACGUCGCUCCAAUAACUGUUUCUGUCAGAGCAUUUGGAGAAAGAGUCAAAAUGGCAACAAUGUGGAAGCCAAUAGUCAUUUACCCUCCACUGAGAACAACAGUAGCUGGUCUAUACGUGGAUUUCUGAGUGGACUACUUGGACCGGUAAUCUCCCUUUGGAUGGAUUACCUAAACAUUUUUCACGAUGUUUCAUAGUCAGACAACUUGCCAUUUGUGUGGAUGAGUGACCUUUAAUUAGGUCAGCAUCACGUGCUGGUCACGUGGUUUUCAGUAUAGCGUGUUGUGCCAAACCGUUCCAUAGAGAUAUCCACGUCUUUCAUUCACUACUCCGGCAUGAUCACUGACGAUAAAAACCUGCCAAACCCAUGACGGGCUGGUCGAGAGAUUAAUUUAUCAAACAUUUCCAUCAUUUAUGAUGGUACUGUCUUUUCAUGCCAUGUUUAACCAACAUCUUGUACUGCAGAAGAAACAUGACGCUGAAGCGCAAUAUACCAUGAGAACUGCACAAACCACCUAAUUAAUGUGUUUUUUCUCGAACGUUUUCUAAACCAACCAUUCUAUAUUCAAACAAGACUGAGUUCGGGAAAUGUUAUUAUUCUUGUUCAGUAAAGAUUGUCACGGGGCCAAUAAUAUUUAUUCAUGUUGCAAUGAUCAAUAUGGUAUACGUUUCUAUUUCAGUAUUGCUUUGAUGAACUGGGCAUACGCUCUUCUGUACAUAAUAAGUUUAUCUUGUGUUUGUAAAUUUGUACAUUUAUAUGUAGUAUUUAAUUAAAAAAAGCUCGUGAAUUAUAA